GAUUCGUACCAAUUGGAAAGAUGGGUGACUGGAAGGUCUCGUCUAUAGUUGAAGUAGGAAAUUCCCCAGAUGCAAAGAGUUUCAUCCUGAGACCUGCUUCUCUAUCUGCUUCACCGUUCUCCCCUGCCAGCACCAUAACUCUGCACUGUUCUCCAGUGCUGCCACUUCCAAACCUGUUCAAUCAAAAUGCAUUCUGCUGGGGGGAUAAUGUUGAGGAAUGCAUCUCGUACCUAAGCAAGGAACUGAAUAAACUGGGUCUUCCUGCUUUGUUCGACGAUAGUUUUGAGGAGAAUCCAUCUUCAAGCUUUAGCCUUGUCUCUCUAAUAAAUGGUGUGUAUGGCCUGCUGCAUCUCUACCGGAAAAAUGCAACAAAAGUAGAUGGGCUAGAAAUGGAACGUUUAAAGUCUUUCAGUGAGCAGGAUUGUCUGAAAAACAGCCAGUUUAAACUGCAGGAGCAGGUGGCAGCAUUGGAGCAGGAAAUUGCUACUUUGGCAACAAAGGAGCAGCAAAGACAGAAGAGCAUCAGGAGUUUGAAUAACCAGCUGAAGAGCCAGAAGGAGGAGAUAGCGAAGUUACAGAGUGUUAUUACAAGUCGGGCAGCACAGUACCUUCAUGACUUGAAGAGGAAGGAGCAGGAACUGAACAAACUGAAGGAGAAGAUGAAUCACCAUCUGACAGACAAAAAGGAUAAGAGAAUUGCUAUAGAUAUCCUGAAUCACAUUGGACGAGCUGAUGGAAAACGUCCCUUGUGGAGAACAGGGAAGACUGAAUCAAGGAGAGAAGAGGAAAUGUACAAAGUGCUUGCAACAAACUAUGAUGCUCAGAUCCAGGAGUUGGUGUUUGACAAUGCAGAGCUGAUGAGAGUUCUGAACCAAAUGAAGAGAGAGAUUAGUGGGUUUCUUAGUCUGGACAAACUCUGUCAAGCCAAUUCUUCUCCAUCGCUUGUGGAGGAAGAAACUAGUGUCAAUGAGUCCCAGGAAGCAACAAGAGGGCACCUUACGGACUGUGUUCAAAAGCAGUGGAAAACCUUAAAGGAUCACAUGGCAAAACUCGGAGUUGUGGCUAUGCAGACUACUCCAGUGGUUGGGAAGAAUGACCAUGUUGUCAGCAUAACUGACCAUGAUAAGGAAAUAGCCAAACUGAAGCUGGAGCUUGAACAGAGUAAGGAAAUUAUCUAUGCACAGCAGUGUCUUCUCGAGGACCAGUUGGCCAUUCAGAAAGAAGAUCUGGCCCGAGGAUCUGAUUUACUGGAGGAAGAGGAAUGGUUCCACAAAGAACGGCAAUUGUUUGAGGAGCAGAGAAAGAACUUCGAGAUGGAGAGGCAGAGGUUCACUGAAGCAGCAAUUCGACUGGGUCAGGAGAGGAAACAGUUUGAGGAGGAACGAGCACUAUACUUGAAGGAACAGUUCUUGAAGCUGACUCCGUUUCGGGAUCCAAGGACAAAACCCAAGAGGAAACCGCGGACUUCCUUUGUGGCCAGCCCAGACCAAGAAAAUCUGUCUCCGCACUUACCCACUCAAAAGAUAAGCAUGGCCAGGCGAAGUCAGCGUGCUUCAAUGCACAUUCCAAGCCCAUCGUUCAAAUGUACAAAGCUCCGGCGACACUCUCUGCCUGCAGCCCAUGAGAUGUACGAGGCUCUCCAUAGAGUUCCUCAGCAGAGAUCCUUCAGACCUGCCCCAACUGAGCAGCUUAAAGGACCUAGCAGCAUGAGAGAGAGCCCAUCCAACCAGCGAGACUCAGCAACCCAAACCAGGACUGGCCUCAGGUGGAUCGGCACUGGUUUCUUUCUGAAUGAACACGAUGAUUCUUUGUGUUGUGGACACUUGUGCUCACCAAUCUAAUGCCACAUCCCCACUGUAGCUCAAGGGUUGACUUGGGUCCUUUCUUUUAACGUGAGUAGUGAUCAUACUGGUCAGCAUUCACUCAAAUCAUGUUUCCACAGCCAUAGUUCUUCCAAACUUAAGGAAAGAUGAAACCAGUUUGCUUCCAUAUGACUCCUCUUUGACUCGAUGCUGAAACUGAGUGGGACUUAAAUGCCACAAAUUACACAUUGCUGCUGGACUCUGGAGCAAACUCCUGAAUUUGAAUGUCACCUAUUUCGGUCCCAGUAGAGAAUAAUUGAAAGGCAGGUGGUGUUGGUAACACUCAUGUAUCCAUUCCACUGCUCUGUACAAAGCCA